AUGUCAUCUUCGAUCUUCAAUCGGAUGAUCCUCCGCUGCUUGAAUCCCAAAUCGAAGAGCGUCAGCGGCAUCGUCUUCGUCGUCCUCGGAUCUGAGCAUUCCGCCGAAGCUCGCCGAUUCCUCCACAGCAGUGGCCGCGGGGUGGUCGACUUCGAUUUCCGGAGCUUCGGGAUCACGAUCAGGGGCUUGAUAGGAAGGGGAGAGAUUCACAGAGCUUCCUCUUAUCUGGAACAGUUGGAGCGUAGAGGGAGGAAUCCGGAUGUGUUCUUGUACACGACCUUCGUCCAUGGCCUGUGCGGCGCUGGAGAUCUGGAAGAGGCAGAGAAGAUUUUCCUCGAGAUGAAGAGAAAGGGAUUGCCGCCCAACGAGGUCACCUACACCGUGAUGAUCAACGGUUGUUUCAGAAAUGGCCUCAAGGAGCGCGGGUUCCGGCUGUACGGUGAGAUGAUAACCAGCGGGGUGGUUCCCACCUUGCACACCUACAACACUCUGCUACAUCAGCACUCCAAGGAGGGGAAUCUCGACUCUGCAUUCGCUCUGUUCGACGAAAUGCGAGAGAGGGGUAUCGUUUGCAAUGUCGUGACAUACAACACGCUGAUUCUCGGGCUCUGCAGGCGGCGGAAGUUGUCUGCUGCGGAGAAGUUGCUCUCCGGGAUGAAGAAGGUGGGCAUAAAUCCGAGCUCGGCCACCUUCAACACCCUCAUCGAUGGGUUUUCUAAGGCCGGAAUGAUGCCCCAGGCGAUGACGACGCUGGGGAAGAUGAAGGCCACCGGCUGCCAGCCGAACUGCGUCACCUACAAUUCUCUCAUCGAGGGCUUCUCUCGCAGCUCGAAUCUCGUGGGGAUGGCGGAUUGCUACAGAGAAUUGAAGGAAAGAGGGAUAUCCCCCACUAAGAUAACCUACACCAUUCUCAUCAACGCGUUCGUCGAAGCAGACGAGAUGGAGAGAGCCCUCGAUGUAUUCCGCUCCAUGGGGGAGGCCGGCUUGGAGCCAGACGUCUGCACCUACGGCGCCCUGAUAAAGGGAUUCUGCAAGGAGGGCAGCAUGAAAGACGCGUCCGAGCUGUUCGGAACAAUGCCCGACAAGAAUCUGCGACCCAACGACGCGAUCUGCAACAUGAUGAUCAGCGGGUACUGCAGAGAAGGCAGCUCCUUCCGAGCCUGGAGGCUUCUGAAGGAGAUGAGGGAGGCUGACAUGACCCCGAACGAGGCCAGCUAUCGUCAAACGGUCCACGCCUUGUGCAGAGACGGGAAGCGGAGAGAGGCUGAAGCCUUGGUUAGAGGAAUGGUGGUGGCCGGGAUAGAACCAGGCGAUUCCAUCCACAGAGCCCUCUCUGACGCCAGCCCGCGAGCAGACAAGUGA